AUUCAGGAGUCAAUGACUCGAGCAUUAGUGUUCUUUUGCAUCAAUCGCCAGCACCUAAAUUUUCUUUAAACAGCCCUUUACCAAGUUGAGAAAGGGAAGAAAACUGAAUUAUUUUUCAGUGACCGUUAUUCGUGCUAGUUGAGGAAAGAAGUAGUCGCUGUCGUGUGUUAAUCGACUUCAUUUACGGGAGUCGAGUGUUGAAGCUUUGGUAGACCUGGUUCGUUGGAGAAUUUUUGAUUUACGUCGUAUCAGAAAGAGCAGAAUUAAGGAGAAUCAUGUCGGCAUUAUUCGCUUGUUCCCGUUGUUUCAGUCGCCAUCCUUUCGAGGAAUUAUCACAGGGUCAACAAUUGUGCAAGGAAUGCAGAGGUUCUUUUCCCAUCGUCAAAUGCACAUAUUGCCGCUCAGAGUUCCAGCAGGAAAGCAAAGGGAAUACCAGCACUAUCUGCAAAAAGUGUGAAUUCAACGUCAAGCAAUACGGCAAGCCCUCUGCCUGUGAAUACUGCAAUAUAAUUGCAGCUUUCAUUGGAAACAAGUGCCAACGUUGCACAAACUCUGAGAAGAAAUACGGGCCUCCUGUCACUUGUGAGCAGUGCAAACAAAAGUGUGCUUUUGAUCGAAAAGAUGAAGACAAGAAAAAGGUGGAUGGCAAGAUGCUCUGCUGGCUGUGCACCCUAUCCUAUCGCCGAGCGCUGGCCAAAACAAAGCAUUCUGAGCGUGGCUCCCAUUCUAAUUCUUCCAAAACUAAGGAGCAACAGCAGCAGCAGCACAGGAGCAGCAGUGGUCACCACAAUCAUCAUAAUAGCCAUCACGGGCACCAUGAUAAACGUCCACAGCGUCCUGACGUCACCAAGGUUGGACUGGGAGAGAGGGAAGAUACCGGUCCACCAGCCAAGAUAUUCCGCCCCAUGAUCAAUCGUGACGCCAUGGUGGAUCCCAACUCGUCUGAUCAUGUUGUGGCCAUCACUGAACUCCGAGAGCAAGUAGCCACCCUUCAGAAGCAGCUGGCCGUCAAAGACAACCAGCUCUUGGCCAAGGAGAAACAGAUCACCGAGCUCAAAGCGGGCCAAUUCCGCAUGGACCAGGAGCACCGCGUCCGGAUCAAGACGAUCCAGAAGGAAUACGAAGCCAAGGUGGACAUUCUGCAGGAACGUAUCAAAACAUUCCAGAAGGAAGUAGCCACGCUGAACAAGGCCAAUAACAAGCACAAAUCUGACCAGCAAAAGCAGAUGCAGCAGCAAAAGAAAACGGAUAACGCUGUGGCGGCUGCCAACGCCACCGCGGUGGCCAAUGCUGCAGCGGCUGCUACUGCGUUCGCCAUCCAGAACAACAAUUCGAAUCCCGGUGGAUCCAAGAGUCGCCAAGGAUCCGGCUCGGAUUCCGACAACAGUCCCAGAACUUCGUCUUAAGGCCCUUCGUGAAAGGAUCCCGAGGAAUUGAAAAUAACUACAUUUUUUCUUUCCCAACGUUCUCUCU